AUGAGUGUUAAUGUUAAAGACGUUUCAAGUCCUGUAUCUGAAGGGCAGAGUAGUGUUUUGGAAGUGGCUGAAAAAGAAAGUGAAGUGACUUCAAAGGAAAAUGUUGAGGAAGGUCAGUGUUCAGAGCCCUCAACACCUAAACCUCAUCCAAUGGCGUUCACAGUUGAUUUCGGUGAGACGAAACGGUUUGAUAAUCGUAGACUCGAAGAGUUAGCGAAAAAAUCUCAAGCUCGGCAUCAGAGGGUUCAAUCUAUGUCUGCUAGUGCACCUAAGCUAAGUCCCAUAUCACAAAGAAUGUCCAUGAGCGCUAAACUACCUCGUAAGGCACAAGGUUACAAUUCUGAAGGCUAUUUUUCCUCAGAUCAAGAAGAUGGUCUGUCUACUUCUCUUAAGCUCCGAAGCAGUCCAUUAGCUCAAACAGACAAUCCAAUUCAAAGACAAGAUAAAUCACCUGUUGAGUUCCAGCCAAAACGUACGUCCAAAAGUCCAAUAGUUGAUAGUAUCAUGUCGAGAAGUGAAAACUUUACUACUCGGCCCACACUUAACUUACCACUCAAAAUCAGUUCCUAUAGAGACGUCCAGAAAAGUCCCAGCUAUUCUAAUUUGAAUUUCUUUAGGCAUCCUAUGACUGAUAUAUUAGAUCAAAGUCCGGAUGGAGUAAUGCUUGUUGAUAUUUCAAGUCCUGAAUUAGAUAUCUUAACUCCAGAUAAUGGUUUAUCAACACCAGAACUGUCUAGAAGUCCAGUGUCUCAUAAAUUGAGAGCAUCUUCUGAAACCCCUGAUCUGUUUAAAAAAUGUCCUCCUAAACCACAGGUAUUGUUCAUUGAUGAUGAGGAUGACAGGCAGUCUAAUAAUUCAUCUACUGGUACAUACACAAUAGAAGGUGAUAAUUAUACAGAGGAGCAAAAAGCAAGAAUGAGUAUAGAUAGAACUUUUGGAACAGACCUUUUCAAACAUACCAUAGAUGAAACUUUGAAAAGAAAAAACAUAGAAAAUGAUCCAGAACUUAUAUUUGAUUUUUCCAAACCCAUCACAACUGUGGAACCAAAACAUGAUCUAUGUCUUCAUAAUGCACUUCCUAUGACCAAGAAGGAAUCGCCUAGCAUGGUAUCAAAAGACAAAAAUGUCUUAGAAAUAUCUUGUUGCUAUGAAUCUCCAUCUGAAAGUGAUUUAGCUGCUCAAACAUCAAAACAAAUUAAGUCCACACGUAGUUAUUUAGAGAAAAUUAAAAACAGAGUAAGAACCAUAACAGAAAAGACAUUUCCAAAGUCUCCACCAAGAUAUGGAGAUGGUGAUUUUGGUAUGUUUACUUCUGUUACAACAUCUGGUGUCUUAAGUUCAAAAUAUCCUAUAAAUGUAGAAAUUCCUGUGAGAAGGCGUUGUAGUCUAACAAAAUCAGAAAUUGAUAAAACAGACUACAUUCAUAGGCUAUCCAGAGAAUCAUCGGUGCCUGUAUCCUUACCAAGCACAAAAAAUUUACUAGAAGAUGCUAAAUUCGAAAGUACAGCAUUAAGAAAUGCCCAAAAAGCCAUGAGAGAAGAGAAUCCAGACCUAACACCAGAAGAAAUUGUUAAUAGAUUAUCAUAUUUAAGUCUAAAUAGGUGUAAAGGUGAUAAAACAUGGAUUCAGCAUUGGGCGGACAGUGUUCAAAACUACAAUACAAAUACAUUAGGCAAGGAGGCAGGGGAUUUAAACAGUACCUUUAUGGUAGAAGACCGGCCUCCGAUCAGUCCAAGACUGCAUCCUACCAAAUCCCGCAGCCCGCAUGGCGGCACUCCCACAAAGAUACCAAGCCCUGUCGGGACCCUACUACACCGCAGGACACCGGUCGUUGCUGAUAUGGAGGGUUUGAAAAUGUUCACGAUGUUUGUGCCGUUAACACAGGAAUAG